AUGGACCGCGACGUCGCGCGCGACGACGCCUCGUCGCCGGCGCAGGAUGCGAACGAGAUGUUUGAGGUGUGCGAGGCACCGACGCCGUCGUUCGACGUGCGGACGGACCGACCGAGGGGAACGGGAGCGCUGGCGAGACGGGCGGACGUGCACGCGCGGGGCGAGUGGCAUCGAAGCGCGCACGUGUGGAUCGUGGACGCGAAGACGCGCGCGGUGGUGCUACAGAAGCGUUCGAUGGGGAAGGAUACGUUUCCUGGGAUGUGGGACAUCUCCGCGGCUGGACACGUGAGCGCUCGGGACGACGGCGACUCGCUCCGAGCGGCGGCGUGCGAGUUGGAGGAGGAGUUGGGCGUGCGAUUGAGCGAUGCGAGGCGCGAUUUGACGUUUCAGUUCUGUAUUCCCGCCGCGCAGGCGGCGCUGGGCGGGUGCAACUGUUACGAGGACGUGUACUUCCUGCGUUGGGAUCGCGACUCCGCGGGCGACGACUUCGCGCUCGGUCACGCCGAGGUCACGGCGACGCGAUGGGAAUCCAUCGACGAUCUCCGCGCCGCGUUGAACGGGGCGUCCGAUGAACACGUCCCUCGAACUAAACAGUACCUCGACGUUUUCUUCCCCGCCCUCGACGCUUUCGUGAAUCACGAUCGAUCUUCGUCCUAA